AAAUUAUUUAUGAGCGUUCACACCAUUUCUGCCUGGAGUAUUUGCCAUAGCGGUCACAUCAGAAAACGUCAAAAUGGGGUUUGGUGAAUCCACAGUCAAAUUUUUGUUGUUCAUUUUCAACUUGGUGUUUGCGUUGAUCGGCGCGACGCUUCUAGGCCUUGGAGUGGCUGGGUACCUGAAAGUCGAAGCUGUAGCGAGGAUUCUCGGACCCUAUGGAGGCCAUGUGCCCAUCUUUUACAUCGUGUUGGGGUCGCUGGUGUUCGGGGUCGCGUUCUUCGGGUGCUGCGGGGCUGUGACCGAGAGUCAGUGCCUGCUCUUUACUUUCUCUAUCUUCAUGGGUUUGCUGAUGGUCCUGAAAGUAAUUCUGAUGGCUUUGGUGUUCGUGAAGAAAGAGUGGCUGGAUGAAGAAAUCGCGAAGAUUAAUGAGGCCUUGGAAGCUGAAGGUGUUUUAACGGACUCGGUGGACCCUCAGACCAUCAGGAUUUGUUUCGCUGGCGUUUGCUCUGCCAUCAUCGCCGUGGAGAUGGUCGGAAUGGUGUUCGGGUGCUGCCUUGCUGUCCACGUGCGUCGGAACAAUGGCUAUGAUUAUGCCUAA